CCAACUAAAACCUCGACUGAGACUCUGAGAGCAUCACUGUCUCUCUCUCGCCAGCUAUUCCCUUUCUCUCUCUACUCUCUCUCUUAAACAUGCAGCGACAAUCGUUAGGUUCUCCAGGCAGAGGAGGAAUACUAGCUAAAGACGACGCAGCUUCAAAUUCCGAUGACCUCAAACGACGCGAAUCAUCACCUUCGUCAUUUUCCGGCGACGAUGAUGACGAAAUCAAGCCGGUAAAACCUCUCCGAUAUCAUUCCCAGCCGGAAAAAUUCAUUCACCUUAUUCCUAUCCUUAUUCUUCUCUGCUUCUUCAUCCUUUACCUCUCCUCUCAUGAUCCUUCUUCAAAAGAUUUGGCUGAGUUUAAUAUGUUCAACCAUCCGGAGAAAAUCAUCGAUUCGACCGACAUUGACGACAUUGGACGAACUGAGAGUAAAAUGAAAGGAAACGGCGUAUUUGCGAUACGAAGUCUGCGGAAUUUGCAAGAGGAUAUUCAAGAUGAAGACACUCAGAAACCGCGUUCUCAUCGGAAACUCGGCGAUUUUUAGUCGCAACGUGUCUGAAAGGAGCUCAUCAACAAUAUUUGGCACGCAUACAAAAUACGGUAGAAAUAUUCGUCGAUUUUUAUUUAAUUUCCAAUUUUUUUUGUUCUUUUUAAUAAAAAAAAAAGAAAAAAAAAAAACAUUGAAGCAUAAUGUAAUCUGAUACUGCGUAUAUAAUCAGUAUUUUCUGUACAAAAUAAAAUUCGUCCACUCUUCACAAUAAUGUCUACCGACAGAAAAAAAAUAAAAAAAAUAAAACUUUGUUUCAUCUGAGUAAAGCUAAAAUGCGCUAGAGAGGAGGCGCAAUCUAGAUAAAGAAUUAAAGAUGCGCCGGGGGGGAUGACUGGAUGAGUAUGGUUGGAGUCCAGCUGGGAGGAUCGAGCCGUUACUAUGGUGGCCUUGGAGUGCGGUUAAUGAGUUGGAGUUUGGGCCUGACAGGCUGGAAAUUGCAUUUAUUAAUUUAUUUUAUUAAGUAUAGUGGUGGUAGUACUAAUUUUGUUUAUUUAUUGAGGGACAGAAGGUGGGGUUUUCUGAAGUAAAUCAGGUGUUCUCUCUCAAAAUGGGGCAGAGUAAAAUAAAGUGAAAGUGAUCAAUGUAAUUAAAUUAUAACCAAGUUGGUGAAAAACUUAAAUUUUGUUACAGCCUUGAAAUGUACAAUUAUGGGGUUGGAUCAUGGAUGGUGCACUAAUCCAAAGUAGCAUUGGCAUUUAGUGUUGUAUUAUUGAAGUUAGGUGAAUGAUGAUUUUAUGUAAUUGAAGUGUAGUUGUGGUAGUAUAACUUUUGAUCUUAUCAUUAA